AUGGGUAAAUUAAGACUUGAUUUCCUUACUCUAAAAAGGAUUGCAACCUUAUUGAAAUUAUUGUUUCCGUUAAAGAAGAAUGCUAAAACUACUUGGCUAGCAUUUAUUGUUUUAAUAACAACUGUCUUUGAUCAAAUCACAACUUAUUUUGUUGGAAUAUUAGCCAGUGAAUUCUAUGUUGUGCUUGGAAACAAAAACUUUACGGGUUUCAGGCUUUUAGCCGCUAAAGCAACUUUGAUCAUAUUUCUUAAAGCUCUGACUCUUUCUUUAAUUAAAUAUUUUUCUGCUCUACUAGCGAUCCGUUGUCGAGAGAUAAGCAAUUAUACUCUUCAUCGGCUUUACUUUAAAAGACAAGCAUUUUAUAAACUAACUCUGGCUUCGGAUGCUUUGGACAAUCCAGAUCAGCGAAUGACUCAGGACGUUGAUAAAACUACUCAAAUUUUAUGUACUGAUUUGAUGGGACCCGUUGUCAUUGCUCCUUUCACAAUAAUUUAUUAUUCCUACUUAACAUUCCAAAGUUCUGGAUGGCUAGGACCUCUGACCAUUUAUAUAUAUUUUCUUAUCGUGACUAUUGUCAACAAAUUCCUCAUUUCGCCCAUAAUUGGCUUGGUGAAUGAUCAGGAAAAGAGAGAGGGAGAUUUCAGACAGAGACAUAUGGAAGUACGAACGAAUGUUGAGUCUAUUGCUUUCUAUCAAUCCGGGCUAUUGGAGAAUGUGUUGUCAAACCAAAAAUUGAGAACUCUACUGAAAGCCCAAAAGAAACUGGCUGAAUGGCGUUUUGUUUUAUCUUUGGUAACUGGUGCUUUCGAAUAUUUCGGUGGAAUUCUCUCUUAUCUAAUUAUUGGAAUCCCCAUCUUUAUGACACAUGCCUAUGAUGAUAUUGAAGGAACAGAGUUGAAUGGCAUAGUGUCCAGAAAUGCUUUCUUCUAUCUCUAUCUCAUUUACUGUUUUACAAACAUACUCAGUCUCUCUGAUAAGAUUGGAAAUUUCGCAGGAUUAACUCACAGAGUUGUUGAACUGUUCGAUGAGCUUCGACGUUUACAUUCUGAUUGUUUGGAAACUGAUCGUCCACCAUCCACUGUUCCAUCAAGUGUAGUUGUAAUUGCAUCCGAUGACGAUGAAAAAACUAACACUGCCCGUACUAUUGAAGAGUUGCAUGGCAAGCAGCUUUCUCUGGAACGAGAUUGUGAUGAUGAAGAGGAAGCCCAGUUUUUGUUGGGUGGUCGAGUAGACCGAGAGGAAGAUUGCCCUGAUGAUGGCGUUGCAAUAACAGUUGAUUCGGCGUCUUUAGCCCCAGCUAAUGAUCCUUCCAAUGUGAUCGUUUCUUGUCUAUCCAUUCAGCUAUUGCAAGGACAGAAUGUUCUUAUCACCGGUGAUAGCGGAGCUGGAAAAACUUCUAUAUUCCGGAUGUUCGCUGGGCUCUGGUAUGCAUCCUCUGGAAAAGUUGACCGACAUUGGAAACUCCGAUCCUCUAAUUUGUUGUUUGUACCGCAAAAACCAUACUUUCCAUCAGGAUCUCUAACCCUUCGUCAACAACUAGUCUAUCCCAUCAAAGCUCUUCCAGUUGAAAAAGAUCUUCAACGUUUGACACAAAUACUGGAAUGGGUUAAAAUGGAACAUUUAAUAGAUCGAUGCAAAGGUUUCGAUACUCCUGUGGAUUUCGACUGGUCGGACACGUUGUCCCCUGGCGAGUUGCAACGAUUAUCGUUAGCCAGAGUUUUUUAUACAAAACCAAAGAUUGUUUUCUUGGAUGAGGCCACCAGUGCUAUAGGCUUCGAAAUGGAAAUGCAGCUUUACAGAUCUCUCCAACAGGAAAACAUUACUUAUGUAUCAAUUGGUCAUCGAUAUUCUCUGAAACAGUUCCAUGAUAUGGAACUCAAAAUAUUAGGACGUGGGGAAUGGACCCUUCAUGACAUUGAUACCGUUUCAGUUGCUAGUAGGACGGCAAGUAUUCUUGGUACAGACACUGUCCUUUCAUUCUAG